CACUCUCAGUUCAUGUCUGGAAACUAACUGGCUUUUCACUGCUGAGGGCUUCUCCUUCGUCACAGCCAAAAAGGAAAUGUUUAGUUUCCUAGCUUUCUAAGUGCCACUGCUUUUUGGAUUUGCCACACUUUCAAUUGUAACUCGAUGUAAAUGUCAAAUAAAAAAAAAAGUGGCCUUAUUUUCCCACACACAGUAUUAUUCUGGUUUUAAAAUUAAGCGACGCAUAAAACAACGGCAGGGAGAGGUAAUCCGCAGUUGACAGGUGCCGUUGCAGGCUAUGUUUAUUAUUGAUUAAGAUGCCUGCUGUCCAGAAAACAGUAUCCGACCUCCGCUCCAGGGUGGAAGGUUAUGAGAAGACCGACGAUGCUUCCGAGAAAACAUCAUUAGCAGAUCAAGAAGAUGGGAGGUUAAUAUUUAUUAACCAACCCCAGUUUACUAAAUUCUGCAGCAACCAUGUCAGCACUGCCAAGUACAACGUUCUUACAUUCCUCCCAAGGUUCCUUUAUUCCCAGUUCAGAAGGGCAGCAAAUUCGUUUUUCCUUUUCAUUGCACUUCUCCAGCAAAUUCCCGAUGUUUCACCGACGGGUCGUUACACCACCCUCGUUCCAUUGUUAUUUAUCCUUAUUGUAGCAGCAGUGAAGGAGUUCAUAGAAGACCUUAAGCGGCAUAACGCUGAUAGUGUUGUGAACAAGAAAGAAACACAAGUGUUAAGAAAUGGUGCUUGGGAGAUCGUCUUUUGGGAAAAGGUGGCAGUGGGGGAGAUAGUCAAAGCAACCAAUGGGGAUCAUCUCCCAGCAGAUCUCGUCCUUCUUUCAUCAAGUGAGCCCCAGGCUAUGUGCUACAUUGAAACAUCAAACCUAGAUGGAGAAACCAACCUUAAGAUCAGACAGGGCUUGCAGAUAACUUCAGAAAUAAGAGAUCUUGACAGUUUAAUGAGACUUUCUGGCCGCAUGGAAUGUGAAAGCCCCAAUCGGCAUCUAUAUGAUUUUGUGGGCAACAUAAGAAUCGACGGUCGCAGCACUGUUCCCCUGGGUCCAGAUCAGAUUCUGUUAAGAGGCGCUCAGCUGAGAAAUACCCAGUGGAUUCAUGGAAUAGUUGUCUACACAGGUCAUGAUACGAAACUGAUGCAGAAUUCUACAAGACCACCCCUAAAGCUAUCAAAUGUGGAAAGAAUCACAAACAUUCAGAUUCUUAUUUUGUUUGGUUGUCUGCUCGCCAUCUCCCUGGUCUGUGCAAUUGGCCAAACUAUAUGGAAAGGGAAGCAUGGCGAUGGAGCUUGGUACAUGGAUUUAAACUAUGGUGGUGCUGCCAAUUUUGGAUUGAAUUUCCUGACCUUUAUCAUUCUCUUCAAUAAUCUCAUCCCUAUCAGCCUGUUGGUUACACUAGAAGUCAUUAAAUUUAUCCAAGCAUUCUUUAUAAAUUGGGAUGUUGAUAUGCAUUAUGAGGUGACAAAUACUCCUGCAAUGGCACGCACCUCCAACCUCAAUGAAGAGCUUGGACAGGUGAAAUAUAUAUUUUCAGACAAAACUGGAACCUUGACCUGUAACGUGAUGCACUUUAAGAAGUGCACAAUAGCGGGAAUUGCUUAUGGGCAUGGUGCACAUUCAUCCAAUGAAAAAGGAUUUAUUGAUCCAAGUUUGCUGGAAAAUCUUCAAAACAACCAUCCUACAGCAUCGAUAAUCUUGGAGUUCAUGACAAUGAUGGCAGUCUGUCAUACAGCAGUCCCGGAGAGAACAGAUGACAAGAUUGUUUACCAGGCUGCAUCUCCAGAUGAAGGUGCUUUAGUAAGAGCAGCUAAGAACCUGGGCUUUGUGUUCUCUGGUCGGACACCUGACGCUGUGAUAAUAGAAGCUCUUGGACAAGAAGAGAGAUAUGAGCUGUUGAAUGUUUUGGAAUUCACAAGCAUUAGAAAAAGGAUGUCUGUAAUCGUCCGCACACCAACAGGGAGAAUAAGACUGUACUGCAAAGGAGCUGAUACAGUGAUUUACGAUCGUCUUGCAGACGGGUCCAGAUAUAAGGAAAUUACUUUAAAGCAUUUGGAACAGUUUGCUACAGAAGGGUUAAGAACCUUGUGCUAUGCUGUUUGUGACAUAUCUGAAGCUGCUUACCUGGAAUGGUUACAACUGUAUCAUCGAGCAUCUACUGCUCUUCAAAACAGGGUGCUGAAACUAGAAGAGAGCUACGAGCUGAUCGAGAAGAAUCUACAGUUGCUUGGAGCCACAGCAAUUGAAGAUAAGCUGCAGGACAAAGUGCCGGAAACCAUAGAAACUCUGAUGAAAGCAGACAUUAAGAUCUGGAUUCUAACAGGGGACAAGCAGGAAACUGCAAUAAACAUAGGACACUCUUGCAAACUUUUGACGAAAAACAUGGGUUUGAUUGUGAUAAAUGAAGGUACACUUGAUGGAACAAGGGAAACGCUGAGCCACCACUGUGCUGCACUGGGCGAUGCUUUGCAUAAGGAGAAUAACUAUGCUCUCAUCAUAGAUGGUAAAUCGCUGAAAUAUGCCUUAACAUUUGGAAUAAGACAGUACUUCCUGGAUCUUGCACUGUCGUGCAAAGCUGUUAUCUGCUGCAGAGUCUCCCCCCUUCAAAAAUCUGAAGUAGUUGAGAUGGUGAAGAAGCAAGUGAAGGUGAUCACGCUAGCCAUCGGUGAUGGAGCCAAUGACGUGGGCAUGAUCCAGACUGCACAUGUUGGUGUUGGCAUUAGUGGAAACGAGGGACUACAGGCUGCUAAUUCUUCUGACUACUCCAUAGCUCAGUUUAAGUAUUUGAAGAACUUGCUGCUUGUUCAUGGAGCAUGGAAUUAUAACAGAGUGGCAAAGUGCAUCCUCUACUGUUUCUAUAAGAAUAUAGUCCUGUACAUUAUUGAGAUUUGGUUUGCCUUUGUGAAUGGUUUCUCUGGGCAGAUUCUGUUCGAGCGAUGGUGCAUUGGUCUGUACAAUGUGAUAUUUACUGCCCUGCCUCCUCUUACUCUGGGAAUAUUCGAGAGAUCUUGCCACAAGGAAAAUAUGCUGAAAUACCCAGAGCUGUAUAAAAGCACACAGAAUGCAAUGGGUUUUAACACCAAGGUUUUCUGGGCUCAUUGUCUGAAUGGCCUCUUCCACUCAGUUAUUCUGUUUUGGUUUCCACUGAAAGCCUUUCAGCAUGAUACAGUGUUUGGAAAUGGAAAAACUCCAGACUAUCUGCUCUUAGGAAACAUGGUUUAUACCUUUGUGGUAAUCACAGUAUGCUUGAAGGCUGGAUUAGAAACUUCAUCUUGGACUAUGUUCAGUCACAUCGCGAUCUGGGGAAGCAUAGCAAUCUGGGUGGUAUUCUUUGGAAUCUACUCUUCGCUGUGGCCUGUAAUUACGCUGGCACCUGACAUGUCUGGGGAGGCUGACAUGAUGUUUAGCUCAGGCGUGUUUUGGAUGGGUCUUCUCAUUAUCCCUGUGACAUCCCUGCUGUUUGAUGUGACGUACAAAGUAGUGAAGAAAAACUGUUUUAAGACUUUGGUGGAUGAAGUGCAGGAGUUGGAAGGAAAGUCUCAGGAUCCAGGAGCAGUUGUACAUGGAAAAGGCCUCACUGAACGAGCCCAGCUUCUAAAGAAUGUCUUUAAGAAGAGCAGUGUCAGCUUGUACCGCUCAGAGUCCAUGCAGCAGAAUCUGCUCCAUGGCUAUGCUUUCUCUCAAGAUGAGAAUGGAAUUGUUUCGCAAUCAGAAGUUAUACGAGCCUAUGACACCACUAAACAAAGACCAGACGAAUGGUGAAAUAUUGUUGCGGGAGCAUUGGUUGAAAACAACUUCCACUAGUUCAGCCAGACCAGACUGUGUGUUUGAAAGCUGCGGAAGGUCAUAGAAAGACUUUUCUAUCCUGUGAAGGUCAAUAAACAGAUUGUAUACUUAAAAAAAAGAGAGAGAGAGAGAGAGAGAGAGAGAGGGAGAGAGAGAGAGAGAGAGAGAGA